AUGGAGGGACUCUUUGAAGAGCUGAACAAGAAGCAAUUAGGAUUUAAUGAUGCAAAUGAGUGCAAAACACUAUGCACUUUAGCUAGUUUGUACAUAAUUAAAUCGGAAGGCAUGGAAGAAAAAAUACUAGAAUAUUUUUCUAGUAAUGAAGAGCCAAAAAAUGAUUCUCCCAAAAUCAUUUUCAUGGGAGGGGGAAUGGUGGUAGAGGCAGAUGCUUUUAAGGAGAUAGAUGUUAUUUAUCAAGCUCUCAAGUCUAAGGGUCAUCACCAGGAUAUGCUUUCAACUUCUGAAUUGGUCCACCAGUCUUCCACAAGGGCGUGA